CUCAUGGGGUCACUGAAUAAAUGAAUAACGCAAUGAAAACGUUACAAUAGUGGUACGUGUUCAUGAACGCGUCGGUGUGAGAGACCAGCUUUUAUUCUGAAAAGCUGAGCCGGAAGUCACUUUUCUUCUGAAGGACCGAGAAACUACAACGAGGGACACGUCCACCUGAGGACAGGAGACAGACAGGAGACAGGAGGAGACACACAGGAGCCGUCUGCACGUCCACCUGAGCCGGUCUGUGUCAGUCUGUGUCAGUCUGUGUCGGUGGAGGAUGCCCCGUUAGCCCCGUUAGCUCACAUUAGCUCGGUUCAUUCAUUCAUUGUGCUAACGCUAGCUGUAGCAGCGGCUGUGCUAAGCUAACAGGCUAACAGGCUAGCAUGGAGUACGAGCAGAGGGCCCGGGCGGUGGGAGACUGUCUGCUGGGCUACCGGACCGACGAGGCCGGCUGGAAGGUCUGCAAGAGGUCGAAUGACGUGGUUGUGUCUUGGCGUCCCUCUUCAGAGUUCCCCGGGAAUGUUUAUAAGGGGGAGGGGGUUGUCAACGGCAGCCCAGAGAAAGUGUGGGAGUGUCUGAAGCCAGUACCCAAUGGGCUCCGAGUCAAGUGGGACAAUAAUGUCAAAAAGUUCGGGCUUUUGGAGCAAAUCACAGAGGACAUCUCUAUCUGCCGGACGGUCACGCCCUCAGCAGCUAUGGGGAUCAUAGCGCCGCGAGAUUUUGUGGACGUGAUUUUAGUUAAGCGCUACGACGACGGCGCCAUUUCAUCAAAUGCCACCAACGUGAUUCACCCGGGCUGUCCGCCCCAGUCGGGCUACGUGAGAGGAUUCAACCAUCCGUGUGGCUGCAUCUGCGUCCCCAUCUCAGGAGAGCCCAACAAGACCCAGGUGUUCAGCUUCUUCCAGACCGACCUGGGGGGCCUGCUCCCUCGCUCCGUGGUCGACUCCUUCUUCCCCUCCAGCAUGGCUGAGUUCUACAGCAACCUGGCCAAGGCUGUCAAAUCCCUCAAGGACCUUUGACACUUAAGAGUUAAGACCUCUCUCUCUCUCUCCCUCCCUCUCUCUCCCCCCCUUCAAACCUGAGCACUGCCGCCGCUGCUCAGGUUUGUUUGUAUUUUAAACAGUCCAAAACUCAAAAGCAAUCGGCAAACUGAGAUUAUCCAUCGCUGACUUCGAAUAGGUCCAAUCCCCAGUUUUUUGUUUUUUUUGGUUUGUACAUUCCUAUAUUGCAGGAGGAGUCCCAGAAUCACAGCGAAUACUCAUGUCCUCUAAAUCUAAAUCUAAAUGAAGAUAGAAGUGGCGAUCCGUAUUUGUACAUGUGUGAUUUUCGGACCUCGCUGAUGAGGCCCCAGACCCUCCCUCCUCUUCUGAUCGCAUACUUCAGUGUGUACUGUAAAACAUGCAUGUUGCAUGGACCUUAUUUACCCUACGCUGGUAUCGGGUGGUUGGUUUUGGAAUACUGGCUCAUACCUCAUGUUUAGUUGUUUGUGUUGUACUUGAACUGCCAUUUGCUCAUCUCCAGCCCGCCUGUAAACCGUGAUAAAUCUUUUUUUAUUUUAAUCCGUCACACUGAAGCACAGGUGGGAUGGUAUAGGUGUCCUCUUAACACUAAGGCAGCUUUUUUCCCCCGCCUUUUUUAAAUAGAGCAUGUUUUAUGUUGCUCUAUGGAGCAGAAAAAGUGUCUUCUCCUUUUUUUAUUUUGAAUGGCAUCAGUUUCCAAGUACAUUUCCCUUUUUUCCCCCUGUUUCUUCACAUGCAGUCCCUGAACUCCUCAUGCAGCCCAGAUAAGAACUUAACAAGGCUUUUCUGACUAACUGGGCUCAUAAACGUGGUCACCAGCUGACCUUUCACAAUAAAAGACGAUGCGGUGUGGGUCACAUGUUAUAGGAUAACACUAUUGUGUUGACAUGACAUGACUAACUGCUGUCUAUAGCUGUUAGUGAGUGAGGAAGGGGGUUAGCUCCUAGGCCAAUGUGUCCAUCAAACUUGAGGCAAGCUUUUAUUUUCUUGCCGUGCAUUAAUCUUGUUGCCUAGUGGCCAAAGAGCAGAAUUACAACUUCUGGAGUCUCAAGUGACGCCAUGGGGCCCAAAGAGACUUACAUUGGGACAGAGACGCCUGGAACUCGGUGGAUAAAUAUAUAUUUUUUAAGGCGAAUCAAUUUAUGAACUAUUGAAUGGCCCUUAUUUUAAUAAUUAGGUUCUAAAAGUUGGGGGGGGAGA